AUGGAAUCAUACAAAACUAGAAGACGAAAAUACGAUAUUGAAGAAAUCAACGAACUUUUCGAGAAAAAUAUUGAAUUAGCUUCUCAUAUCGAUUUUGACAUCGAUAAAUGUAUACAUCCGACAAUUAAACCAUGGUUACAGAAUUACGACCAUGCAACGAGCGCACAUCCUCUGAGCUUGUACUAUGCUCUGAUGACUGCCAUAGCUCAUCUAUCAAUCGAAAGUGUUGUGCUGCAAUGGAAUCGCAUACCUCGGCACUUGAAUCUGUACUCUAUCAUUGUUGGAUGCUCUGGCGCAACAAAAAGCGGUUGUAUUCGCGAAUGUCGUGAAGCACUAGAAGAGCUUUAUGAUUUUCUCCAUAUAAACAAUAUUGCCAAUCCGAAUCUUGCUAACUCGAUAAUCGACAAAUUCACCGAAGCCGGCUUUCUUGAUCAAUUAAAACAAUCAACAAACAUCAUCAUCAUACAGGAAGAACUCGACAUUGCAUUGAAACAGAUGGGUUUCUUUUCUACCAACACGCAAGAUUCAUCGCGCCAAUUGUUUUGUCAGUUAUACGAUGGUCUCAACAUGAGAAAAAAAACAAAAGGAUAUUCACAAAGAAUACGGGAUGCUCGUAUGACGAUAUGCGGAACCAGCACAGGUGUUUUGAUUCCACCUAUUUUACAAGAAUUUCUGAAGCACGUGAUGGUCGACGGAGCUGUUGUACGUUGUCUUUUCCUUGUAUUGUCUUACCGACCGUACCUACGAGAACAUCAUACCGAUCCUAAUCUGACUCUACCAACACUUGCCCAGUUGUUGAUGGCGAUUUAUAUCCUAGGCAAACGUCAGUACCUAUACAGCGAAGAAUCUCAGGUGAAACUCGAUACGUAUAUCGAACGUAUAUCACAACAAGCAACAGAAUCAGACUUACCACGUAUCACCUCAUUUCUAGCUAAACAACCAGCGCAAAUCACUCGAAUCACAGCACUAACACAAGUAAUUGAUUUAUUACCAUCAAUUUUUGAAAAUAUUCAAAUACUACGUGAACGAAAUGACGCCAUUGGAUUGAACAUUCGACUGUUCAAUGAAAUUGAUAGUGUGAUCCGAAGAUUAUAUGGACCACAAAUUACAAUCACGGAAUCUUCUGUCGAUCGCGCCAUCUACUUUCAUGGUUAUCUCCUUGAACAAACGUUGAAACUAUUCGACAUCACGACAUUAGAAUCAAUCGGACCAAAAUCGUUUCGUUUAUCUAGCUUUGAAUUGAAACAGUCGUUAAUGCGAGAGAUUCUAAUGCUACCUCAGAUCAUUAUUACCAAAGAAGAUCUAUACGAACAGAACGAUCACAAAAAGAUCGACCGUUCACUUGGCACGGAUGGUUUACAAACAUUAGUUAGUGACGGCCUCUUACUUAACGAUUAUUUCGUCUUCACCAACACAUACCGACCCAUCAAAUGCUAUGCGAAAGUAUUGCCAAAGGACACGAUCGAUGCUAAUUUGAUUCAAAUUAAAUUACAACGGUACAAAAUUCAACUCACAGAUUAUAUCGAUGCAUCACGAGCAACUGGCAUUCGCUCAUCGUCAACAUUGACCACAAUCGGCAGAAAUUUAUUUUCUGCAGAACCGUAUUCGAAAAUUUCCGAUAUCGCCCCAGUGUUAUCACAUUCUCGAUCAACCAACACACUUCAUCGAACGACAUCAUCAAACACAAGCAUUGCCAUCGUACCAGAAGCUUCGAAUGACAGACUUUUGGAUAUCUCAGACGAGACAGAUUUUUCGAUCACACAACAAAUCACUCAUGUUUCAAGAAAUUCAACGGUAGUCAAACGACGUCGCAUCGCAACGAACGCAAUUCGACAAGAAUCAGAUAUCGCUGAUGACACUGACAUCCUGGUAGCGAAUGACUUUAUAUCCGAAGAAUAA